AUGGCAUCCCAAGAUGACACAUCAAGCAAAGACAAUUUAAGAUGGAUUGAAGAAAUGGAUGCAGCUUUCCUUGAUGCUUUGAUUGAGAAAUGUAGCAAAGAAAACAGAGUUGAUGGUACUUUUACAACAAGUGCAUAUGAAAACGUUCUUGUAACUCUAAAAGCUUCAUUUGGGAACCACUUUUGCAAAGAUAAUCUUAAGAAUAGACUGAAGACUUUAAAGGAUCACUUUAGAGUUUGCUAUGAUCUCUUUCAUAACUUAAGUGGAUUUUCAUGGAACCCAGACACCAAACUCUUUACCGCUAAAGUUUGGGUAAGACCAAAUGCAAAGAAGUGA